ACCAACUUGCUGGAAUUACCUACCUUGAUUUUAAAUAAACCAAAUCAUGUGCUUGCAGUGUCGAUAUAUGAAGUUUUUAUGCUACAAAAGAAAUAAUAGAGCAGGCAGAAGUCUCCCGUAUCAUGCAUACCAGUCCAUCCUGUUUUAGAACCAUGAUAUUGUAUGACAGAAGGUAAAUUGUACCCAAUAAGAUGUCACUACCGAAAAUAGGAAAAUAAAUGAUUCUUGGAGGCAUUGAUUCUUCUUUACAAGAAAAGUUGCCAUCCUACUCACUUCUGUGAUGCUUAAGGAGACGAAUCAUUGCCAACUAGCACGGGCCGAUUACCCCGGCCCCCCCUCUAUUCCUGGAGCCUAUAAAAGACAUAUUUCCACCUAUCAACACAUAUCACAUAUCGGCUCUUAAGUGUUCAUUAACACAUCAUCCCAGUAUUUGUUUUUUGUAUUCGCUUUAGUGUGUUUAUAUGGCAUCUAGCUCAAUGUCUUCCCGCGGGUCUGGUUCAUGGACUGCUAAACAAAACAAGGCCUUUGAGAAGGCUCUAGCAGUAUUCGACAAAGAUACCCCUGACCGGUGGCAUAAUGUUGCCAAGGCUGUUGGUGGUAAAACUGCAGAAGAAGUGAAGCAGCAUUAUCAAGUCCUUGUGGAGGAUGUCAAGCACAUUGAAAGUGGUCGUGUUCCUUACCCUAAUUACAAGACCACUGGAUGAGCAUAGCUAAGGAUGACAAAUUUAAAGCCAUGAAGCCAACCACAGACAUGAACAAGGAGCAA